GACCUCGGCGGAUCGGCAUGAGGCGGCAAUAAGCCCGAGCACCAUGGCUGGACCCUACCUGUCGCCUCUCGGGCCCCAGGCCGACCUUCUCACCGAGUACAUGUUCGGACGUCGCCGGCAGGUUAGUAGACGAAACCGGACGACCUUCACGCCGCAGCAGCUCCAGGAGCUCGAGUCCCUCUUUCAGAAGACCCAUUAUCCGGAUGUAUUCUUGCGAGAAGAGGUCGCCCUAAGGAUCUCACUAUCGGAAGCUCGUGUCCAGGUGUGGUUCCAGAAUCGGCGUGCCAAGUGGCGCAAACAGGCACGGCUUCAGCUCCUGCAGGAUGCCUGGCGCAUGCGCUGCCUAGGUCUCGGCAGCGCAGCCCCACUACUCCUGCGACCACCGCCUCCGCCGCCGCCGGGUAUGCAGGAGCGACCCGAAGGCUCACCACCGCCGGCCCAACAGCCGUCGAUUCAGCAGUCGAUCCCGCUCCAGGAAAAGGUCAUUGAUGUCGGUGGUGCAUCACCGCCCGUUUGCCGGGAUUACCGAAUCCUGCCACCACCACACGGGUACACGAUGACGCGCGACAAAUCACCGGAUAAGUGCGGAUGCGGUUCACCAUCGCGGGGAUCCGUGAGUCCAUCGGCAUUAUCCUCGUCGCCGGAGGCUGAACCUCGGCCACCCCAGGAGUCUGAGAUCGACUUGACCAUGAAAGGUCCAUCGCCGGUGCUCCGACCAUCGGCGCUUUUCCACCAUCUGCAUCACUUACAGCAGCACUUGCAUCGGCCGACCAACCUUAGUCCCCAUCCCCCGGAGGAACCUCUGGAUGUUACUCUUACCGGUCUCAAGAAGUAACGACUCACAUCGCCUUUAGUUUUUUCUCUCCUCAUGCGAAUUUAUCAUUGUUGAAUGUACGAGCAAAUCCAUGGCAAAUAAUUUUUGAGUCUGAUUUUUCACCAUAGUGCGUUUGUAACUUCAGUUUCAUGCCAAAACUAUAAUGUAAAAGUCAUAUCUUGCAGCAUUAUAAACAUUGUUUAGUCGAUGAAUUGUUACGGGAAUAAUGAUUAUUAUUUAUACAUAAUAAGAAGAAAGAAGGUUGUGUCCCCGAAAUAGGCAGUAAAAACUAGUCUAUCCCGAUAUUAAUCGUGGUCAG